UAUGGGAAAUGUCGUUCAAGCCGUGAAAGUAACGGACAUUUACAGGCGCGUUUAUCCUUCGAAGACUACAAUUCCCGGCAUCCAUGGAGAACGACGUUUAAUACCGGCGUCGACAUCCAGUGUCGAAGUGGACCCCAGAGCGACAGCGUGAGGAUGGCAACAGCUGAAGGGAUGCAGAAACCUGUCCUGGAAGUGGUACAAGCAGAAGGUUGUGAAGAUUCCAGCGUUACAUUUGUGUUGCAUGAUGAGGACCACACACUUGGGAAUGCUCUACGGUAUAUGAUUAUGAAGAACCCAGAUGUAGAAUUUUGUGGCUACAGCAUCACUCAUCCAUCAGAAAGCAAAAUUAACUUCAGAAUUCAAACAAGAGGUGGAAUUCCAUCCGUAGAGCCUUUUCGCAAGGGUCUCAAUGAACUAAUGACUGUCUGUCAACAUGUGUUGAAUACAUUUGAGGUCAGUAUUAAGGAAUAUAAAGAGCAACAUAAACAAGAAGAACGAAUGGAUCAAUUGUGAUAAGGCACACAGUUUUAUGAUGCUGUAUAUUUUUAUAUUUUGAAAAAUAAACAUUAAGAACAUUAAAAUUAGUUUGUUUGAUGGCUUGAAAUAGUCUUCACAGAAACCCUACCACACCAGUUGAAGGCAGCUGAUUUUGUGGAAGCAGGUAAGUACAUAUUUAAUUUCCUAGGUUGAUCUUCUCUUGUUUUAGAUCAGAUUGUUGAGUUUGAAAUUCCAGAUACUCGGUAAGUCCAACUGAAGACUAGAUUUGCUUGUCUUAGAUCUUUUUAUCUGCAAUACAUUUCCUGUUACAUCCAGCUGCUUAUAAAAAUACAACAGGCAUGCAGUGCAACUUGGCAGAUCUAAAGGGACUUUUGCAAACGUGAACAUUAAGCAAGGUAAAUACUGUCAGCUAGUUAAUGUCAUGUAGCCUGGCAAUAAAGAGUAGGCUGUAAAUGCCUUAAAAAAGAAAGAUGCUGACUGAAAAUUAGUUAUCUUCCUGAAUUUAAAAAAAUGUUUGGAUGUUUUCUCUGGUUGGAAUUGAAUCAGUUUAAUAUGGGUAAGAUUAAAUUUAAUUGUGAGCAUUGGCCUUUGUCUCGAGGUUGUUUCAGGAAAGACUAUGCUUGUGGUUGGGAUAUUCCCCCUCUCUUGAGUAGCACUGUGUGAGUAUGGUUUUCCUGGUUUGUUUCUGCUAACUAAAAAAUUAGCUUUAGCCUUUGAAAAUGUUGUGUUUGAAACCUUUAAAGGUGUUUCAUUUCAACCAAGGAAUUUGUCAAUGAUAGGUACCUGCUUCUUAACAUUAGUUUGCAAUAGGAUUGUUGGCCUACAUCUAUCUAACUCAGUCCAGUGAACCCAAACAUUAACGUUUUCUCAUUCUACAGAUGCUGCCAGACCUGCAGAGUUUCGCCUGCUUGAACUACUGCAACACAUCUGGUACUGACACAUCUACACUACUGUUUGGAAGGGAAUUCCAAGGUUUUGAAUGAAUAAUUAUGAGGGAAUAAUGAUAUAGUUCAAAAUCAUGAUUUUUAUGUGGCUUGGAGGAGAACUAACAGAUGGUGUUUCUAUGUGUUUGCUGCCCAUGUCAUUCCAGAUUUUAGAAGUUUUGGAAAGUACUAAUAAUUGACGCUUAUGGAAUUGCUGUGGUGCAUCUGUGCAUGCAGUAUUGCAGUGGUCGGUGGGUCAUGGAGAGAGGGCUGUUUCAAAUUGGUGAAUGAGUUGUUAAUCAUUUGACCUCAUCCAUCCAGACAAGUGGAAAAUAUUCAUCACACUCCUGAUUUGGCAUUACAGGCUUUGACAAUUUAGGAUUGGGAGGUGUGACCAUCAUACAGUCCUUGUGGAGACAAAAUCCUGUUUUCACAUUGAAGAUAUUCACCAUGCCGUGUAUACUAUGGUGAACUAGAUUGAAUCGAAAUCUAUCCUAUUUGAACUCAAAACUGGUCGUCCAUGAGGAGUUGAAGAAGCAAUAGGAAAAUUGUAUUCGGCUACAAUCUGUAACCUCCUGGCCCAGCAUAUUCUCCAGUCUACCAUUACCAAUAAAUUGGGAAUCAACCUGGUUUACUGACUAAUAUAUUGAAGUGCUUUGUAAAAGCAAUCUGUGCAUUCACCACACUGUAAAUAAUCUUUACAGUCACUGUUUUUAAGAGAACGUUGUAAAGAAGGAUAAUAUAAACUUUACAAAGUAACUUGAUACUUGUGAUAAUGACCUCAGUAUCUUGGCUAAGUUGAGCAAUUACAGUGUAUUUGGGGAAGAUGGGCUCUUGUGAUGCAGUGUUGUGGCCUUACCUUUGGGACAUAGGGUCCAGGCAUGAUUAAUUGAUUCAAGGAAGAUACUUUUGAUUUAUUUAACCUAUUUUCCCUAAUCAACCUGUUCAGAGGUGUUUUUGCACACCUCAAGAGCAGUGGGACUUGAACCCAGGUGUCCCAUUUCAGGGGUAGGGAUUUUAUUUCUGUGCAACAAGAGGACCCCAGGGAAGAUACCUAAAUAUUGUGCAUUAAUUCCAAGCAAACAAAGUUAAUGCCUGAAGUUAAGUGGCUACUUAAUCAAGUUGGAGGUUUUGUUCAUCAUAUUUAUUGUUUUUGGCAUCAGUUGUUAGCUCUAUUGCCACCCAUUUAAUUCAAUUUUGUAUUAAAUUGGCUAUUAAAAUUUGUGAUCAUCAACAUAAAUAAAAUUGCUUCUUCCACCGGUUUAUUAUCUGAAUAAGGUGACAAUGAAA